AUGUCAAUUGCGAGAAAAGUACUCGUUGUAGGUGGCACUGGUUUCCUUGGGCUUGAUGUUUGUAAACUUGCUGUUCAAAAGGGUUGGGAAACAGUCAGUCUAAGUCGAAAGGGAGAACCUGCUGUUUUUCAACAGAGAGGUAAACCCGCUUGGGCUGAAAAGGUUCAAUGGGCUUCUGGUAACUCACUUGAGCCCGAGAGCUAUAAGGAAGUGCUAUCGGGAGUGACUGAUGUAGUUCAUAGUGUGGGUAUUCUUUUAGAAAAUGACUAUAAGGGAAUUGCACAGGCAAAGUCUUUGUGCGAAGUUGCGGGAAAGUUAUCAGGACUAUUGUUGAAUGACAAGGGAAAUCCUCUUGAUCCCAAGUUGGAGCAUAAAGUUCGUCCAACUUAUGAGAUGAUGAACAGAGAUACAGCCAUCACUGUUGCCAACCAAGUUGAAAAACUGCCUUCGAUAAAAUCGUUUGUGUUUAUCUCUGCAUCUCAAGUCAUGCCAUUUAUUGAUCCUCGAUACUAUACAACAAAGAGAGAGGUUGAAAGCUAUUUAUUUAAAAUAGACAAGUUUAAAACAGUUGCUUUGCGUCCAGGCUUGAUGUACAAUUCAAAUAGACCCAGUGUUGCUCCUCUUGUAGGCGCAUUAAAGCUCGCCAACGCCAUCACAAGCCCUUUCAAAAAAGAAAUUGGAAGUUUACCUGGGGGUAAAUCAAUCACAACAGCCCCUCUAAACACAGAGCAGACGGCAUUCAACAAUUAA